GGCUAUGCCGGUAUCGUUGUGACAUUCGAGUGAUUUCCCGCUUUUCGUCAUCAGAAAUAUAUAAAAGGCUGAGACGCUAAUUCUGAUUCAUUGUUUCCAUCGACUUCCAGUGUUCGUGAAUUGAAACAAACAUUGUAGUGACUUCUCAUCAGUAAAUCAUUUCAAAAUGAGUGACCGAGAUAUUUUUGCCAAAACGAUCUAUGCAGAGGCAAGAGGCGAAGGACCAGAAGGUUGGGAAGCAGCUGCCUGGGUCAUUAAGAAUAGAGCUCAUGCAAACCGUCCACAUUGGGGAGGUAGCAGUAUAGGAAGAGUCUGUCGUCAACCUUACCAAUUCGAGUGCUGGAAUGGUCGCAAUGACAUUGAGAUCGAUGAUCCUGCUUUGUACAAUAGGAUCAAGAGAGAGACUGAUCGUAUUUAUGAUGAGCCAAUGAGUCGUGAUCGUACUGGGGGUUGUGACCACUACAAUAAUCCUCAAAAAGAAGGUUAUCCUGAUUGGACGAGAAACUGCAAUCGCAAGAUGGAUGUUGGCAAUCAUGUAUUCUACAAAGAAAAAUGAAUAGUUGUAUGAUUUAUCUGUUCUAUGUAGACUAGCUUCUUUCACAAAUUCUUGAUUAUUAUUAGUUUUUCAUAACUAUACUGAAAGUAUAGUGUAUAUUGACAAUAAAAUGUGUUUAACUUGA